ACAGGAACAACAGAGACUGGUGAAACCCCUGAAUCCCAGUAGGCCCAGUAUGAACCCAUCUUCAUGAUCAGCUCCUAGGAAGGAGGCGUUGUCUCUGAAAGCAGCCAAAGACCUGAACUGUGACGUUCAGGAAGUAGCAGAUAAAAAAGCUUAAAGUAGGAAGUGUUCAGAGUUUGGAGCCACAUCCUGAUCACAUCAAGAGACGAAGCUUCACUCCACAUCCAGAGGAAACAUGGACCAAACAGCUCUGAUGCUGCUUCUGUGUCUCUGCAGCUCAGCGCUGUCUGAUGAACUCAGACUGGUAGCAGGAAGGAGGCGCUGUGUUGGCAGACUGGAGAAGAAGAAUCUGGGAGACUGGGAACCAGUGACUUAUUGGAACUGGAACUUUACAUCAGCAGCUGGAACUUGCAGACAGCUCCACUGUGGAUCUGUGGUGUCGUUACAAAAAGAUGAGGACGACAAUGUAGAGAUCGUCUGUUCAGACUCAGUCAGGCUGGUUCAAGGGACCAACCGGUGCUCAGGCAGACUGGAGGUGAAGACCGACCAGUCGUGGUCCUCAGUGUGUGAAAAAGACUUUGACCUGCAUUAUGCAGAGGUGGUCUGCAGGGAGAUUGGCUGUGGGCCUCCUUCAGUCCACCAGGGGGCGCUCUAUGGAGAAGCAGAGGCUCCAGUGGGGAGCAGAGAGUUCCUGUGUGAAGGCAGUGAGUCUGCUCUGCUGAAGUGCAGCAGCAGGAAGAGUUCAGGUAGAAACAGCUGCUCACCUGGUCAAGCUGUUGGACUCACCUGUUCAGACAACAUCAGGUUGGUGGGAGAGGCCAGCCGAUGUGCCGGGAGACUGGAGAUGUUACAUCAAGAAGAGUGGAGACCAGUGGCUGUUUGGUCUCAUUACUGGGACAUGAACUCAGUUGCUGCAGUUUGUGCUGGACUGGACUGUGGUUCUGCUGUUUCAGCAAGAGAUUCAGAGGAAGCUUCAGUGAGACCAGUUUGGAGGAUCAGGUCUGACUGUUUCCAAUCAGGAUCUGCAUUAAAGAACUGUUUACCUUUUGAUGGAGACAAUAAUCAGAGCCUUGAGUUCAUCUGCUCAGACUCAGUCAGGCUGGUUCAAGGGACCAACCGGUGCUCAGGCAGGCUGGAGGUGAAGACCAACCAGUCGUGGUCCUCAGUGUGUGAAAAAGGCUUUGACCUGCAGGAUGCAGAGGUGGUCUGCAGGGAGAUUGGCUGUGGGCCUCCUUCAGUCCACCAGGGGGCGCUCUAUGGAGAAGCAGAGGCUCCAGUGGGGAGCAGAGAGUUCCUGUGUGAAGGCAGUGAGUCUGCUCUGCUGAAGUGCAGCAGCAGAUCAAGACGACAUCAGGUUGGUGGGAGAGGCCAGCCGAUGUGCCGGGAGACUGGAGAUGAUACAUCAAAAAGAGUGGAGACCAGUGGAUACUCAGUCAGGCUGGUUCAAGGGACCAACCGGUGCUCAGGCAGGCUGGAGGUGAAGACCAACCAGUCGUGGUCCUCAGUGUGUGAAAAAGGCUUUGACCUGCAGGAUGCAGAGGUGGUCUGCAGGGAGAUUGGCUACUCAGUCAGGCUGGUUCAAGGGACCAACCGGUGCUCAGGCAGACUGGAGGUGAAGACCGACCAGUCGUGGUCCUCAGUGUGUGAAAAAGACUUUGACCUGCAUUAUGCAGAGGUGGUCUGCAGGGAGAUUGGCUAUCAAGACAACAUCAGGUUGGUGGGAGAGGCCAGCCGAUGUGCUGGGAGACUGGAGAUGAUACAUCAUGAAGAGUGGAGACCACAAGAGAUUCAGAGGAAGCUUCAGUGA